CUGAGGCUGAAGCUGUUUUUGAAGCCUGGUGUUUCAGACUUAUAAAAGCUGAGCUCUAAUGGAGCUGAGCAGAAGGAAAGUGCCUCUGUAUGGCCAAGCCAAAGUGUUCGCUCUGCUGGAGGGGCUGGACUCGGUGCCAGAGGAUGCAGAGGUCUAUGUGGUACUGGAAGGAUCCACUCUGGUCCAUGUGACCAGGGCUCACAGUGAUAUCAUGCUCUGCUUUAUCGUGCCUGGACAUAACAUGGCUGAGAUGGUGUCUGUUCAAGCAUAUUUAUUUUCAGAAAGUACAGGACUCAUGUGGGUCGGCGGAGCUUCACUGGAAUAUGUACAAGAUGAUGCACAGGACCUCGCAGAGCACCUGAUUAUCCACGGACAUCGUCUCCGAGCCACAGAUCAUGAGGAGCUAAGCAGCCUCUUCAGCCUGGGCCAGGGGAGUUCACGCUGGGCUAUGGACCGUUGCAUUGCUCUGGCUAUGGCCAACUUGGAUAUUCCACACAGCUGGAAUGUGCUGGGCAGCCAAAGCGGCGAGGAGCACACCCUGAGAGAGUCUCCGUUGCACUUGGCUGUGCGGUUCGGUCUGUGUCGAUUGGCUGAGCUGCUGCUCUGUCAGCCCGGGGGUCUAAUGGCCAUCAACCUGCCCAACGAAGAGAGGGUCACACCUCUGCAGCUGGCACAGAACACAGGCAACUCUGAGCUUUUGGAGCUACUUACACACCCACCCAACCCGCUGACCACACCCCCUGCAGGACUGUCCCAGGUGUGGGUCGACCACUCUCGCCUCCUCAGGUUUUGUCACGAUACAAAAAAUCUGACAUUAACAGUUCGUCAAAACCUGAGGUGGAGCUCAGAAGAAAGUCGACACGCAGACAUCCUACUACUGCGAAACAGGCUCCAUGAUGAGGACUUCCUGAGAGAGAUUAUGGCAUUAAGACGGGAGAAAGUAGAAACUGUCUUGGAAAAAGAACAGCUCGUAGAUGAUCCUGUGGAGAAUGCUCUGUAUCCUGAUAUUGAGGAAGGAAACAUGGUUCCAACAAAGAAUGGGGAUAUUUUUGACUACGAGGAGUCAUUAAUGUUUCCUUUAAAUGAAGAAGAUGAGGAUUAUCUGCUGCAGUCAGACUCAGAAAAAAGUCCAUCCAUUAAAGAGGCCUCAUCUCCAACUCUGUCUGCAGCUGCGAGACUCUCAGCGAUGAUACACGGCAAAGACGGAGAGUUUGCCAAUGGGAAGCUGGUGGAUGACUUGGAUAUUAAGUACCACUCUCCAAAUGAGCAGAGCAGACCAGGCUGGGACUCUUUCUUCGCAGCCCCCUCCACCACCGAGACCUGCUCUUACCCAUCUUCGCCGCUAGCUGAAGCUCGGGACCCCCAAGGGAAAAAAAAGCCUCCUGCUUCUCCAUUCACUUCCUCUCCUGUGUUUCCUUCGUCGCCCCUAGCAUCCGCCUUCCACUUGUUCGAAGGAGGACACAAACGGACCUCACAUACAGUUUCUCCCAGAGUAAACUACAGGGGGUACAGUUUGUCAGAAAGGACGCGAGAGCUAAGUCCAAGUCUUGAGUGUGAUAGUGAAGAAGAGGAUAUCCUGGGACAUUCCUACCCCAUUGCAUCCUUAAGGAAACAGGGAAGUCUGCGCUCAAGCUCUGGAGAAGAGAGGGACUCCUUUGACACGUCACCAGAUGCUGAUCGGACACAUUCUGACAACAAUUCUGCCAAGGGCCCAGACGAGGCUGAGGUUCGCCUGCGCUCGUACUCAUACUCCUCCCCCAAAGCCAAACCGUCACGGCCGCUGCUAAACAGAGACGCUACCAUCUCUGACCCUACAGAAGAGCAAAGGGCAUUCAGCCUGACUGAAACUCCCUCCAGAGAGAAAAGGAUACUGGGUUUCCGUAAACGGGCCCAGUCAGCUGAGGAGGAGAGCAGCGCAUCACUCCAACACCUCACCCUCACAGAGUUCCUCAAAGAGAUUGAGGACGAGGAGUGGGACAGAUACAUAAUUCCCUCUAAAGCUGAAUCAGAGAAGUAUAAAGUCAGUCGUACGUUCAGUUUCCUCAAGAGCAGAAUGACCAGCACACGCAGCAAAACCAAGGUCAAAGUUAAAGACGUCAAAGAGAUAAAAGACAAAGGGACAGUAGCCAGUGGACACCAGUUUGCCCCCAUGUCCCCCUCCGGCUCUGCGCUCUGUGUGGCCUGUGAUAAGUUUGUUUCUGGGAAGGAGCUGCUGCAUUGCUCCAACUGUUUCCUGAAGGUUCAUAAGACCUGCCGUGAGUCUGCCACGGCCUGUGUAAAGAAACAGUCAGAGAAGAAUGCACUGCUGAUGAAAAGCAAGACCCUGUCUCUCCCACUGAACGCAACCAAAGACUCUGUGUCCCUGUUUUCUCCCUCCUCAAUUUCAACAACUGUUAAAGACAAGAGAGAAACAGUGGCCCCUCUCUCUAAAAGCAUGUCCAUCUCCAUAGACAGCAGACAGCUUAACGAUAAGUCGCUGGUGGAUGAUGAAAGUUCUCAGUCGCCUGGUGCCACCUCUUCAGUGACUGAUGAAGGAGCAUCUGUGACCCCUCUGUCCACUGACCAGCUACUAGUCAUCACACAAGAUGGUCUGGGCGGCUCUUUAUUGGGCGACUUGUCAGCGGACGAGCUCGGGCUUGAUGCAGAGUCCUGGAGUCUCGCUGUGAGCCCAGACUUCUGUCGACAACAUGAACGAUUUACUGUAAAACGACAGGAUGUCAUUUAUGAGUUGCUCCAGACUGAGUUGCAUCACAUCCAGACGCUGACGGUGAUGUCGGAGGUGUUUAGGAGAGGCAUGCUGGAGGAGCUGCAGCUGGACCUGGACUGUGUGGUGCGCGUGUUCCCCUGCCUCGACCCCCUCAUCCACUUCCACAAGAAUCUGUUUGGAGCUCUGCAGGAACGCAGGCGGGCCUCAGCCAAACCCCAACAACCACACAAUUACCUCAUUCACAAUAUUGGGGAUAUUCUACUUCAGCAGUUCUCUGAUGAAAAUGCUGAGAAGAUGAAGCAGAUGUACGGAGAGUUCUGCAGUCACCACAAGGAGGCAGUCAACAUUUUUAAAGAUCUGCAACAACAAAACAAGAAACUCCAAAACUUUGUGAAGCAACAGAGCAACAACAUCCUGGUCAAAAGGAGAGAGGUGCCAGAGUUCAUCUUGUUGGUCACACAGCGCAUUACAAAAUACCCAGUUCUACUGGAAAGGAUUUUACAAUACACCAAACAGGGAAGUCAGGAGUACCAGGACUUGUCAAGUGCACUUGUUCAUAUUCGAGAUAUCAUCUCAGCCGUGGACAUGACGGUGAAUAAAUAUGAGAAGAGUCAAGAGCUGCAGGAAGUGCUUAACCGGCUCGAGAACAAAAGCAUAGCCAAGUUGAAGAAUGGCAAAGUAUUUUCCAAACAGGAUCUCUGUAGUAAACACAGAGUGCUGCAGCACAAAGGCUUAGUCUACUGGAAGACAGCAACAGGGCGUCUAAAAGAUACAUUAGCGCUUCUCCUCACUGACGUCCUGGUUUUCCUACAAGAAAAAGACCAGCGUUUUACUUUUGCUGCUGUGGACCAAAAGCCUCCAGUUAUUCCACUACAGAAGCUUAUUGUUAGAGAAGUAGCCAAUGAGGAAAGAGGAAUGUUCUUGAUCUCAGCAUCAUCAGUUGGUCCAGAAAUGUAUGAAGUUCACACUAUUUCCAGAGAAGAAAGGAAUGCAUGGAUGAGACAAAUACGUCAAGCAGUAGAAAGUUGUCCCGAGGAGGAAGAGGAAGAAGAGCGCAGCAAUGAAUCUGAGGAGACAAAACGAGCAACAGAAGCUAGAAUUCAAAAGAUUACCCAAUUUCAAGAAACACUGCUGGCUCAGGACCAGAUGAUCUGCAACACUCUGGAGGAGAAGUUGGAGCUUUAUGCUGAACUCACUGAGCUCAGCCUUGGCUCUCCUGAACCUAUACCACAUCGCCACCUGCUGGUACAAGUGGACAGUGACGCUCCCAGACUGGCUUCAACACUGCUCACUGCUGCUCUAAAGGAAGCUGAAAACUUGAUGAGCGUCCUUCAGAGCCGGGAUGGGGCCGUUGUUCAGAGCCCGCACUACACCGGAGUAGAGUCGAACAGUGAAGACAGUGUCCAGGACGUGCCCUCAGAGCCGGACUAUCUGAGCACACUCAGUAUCAGCUCCUCCUGUUUAGGAUUGGACAGUGAUCUGACAGAUGAAUGGAGCGCUGAGCCGAGAAGAGGAGAGGGCAAAAAUACACUGAUAAAGGUGGCUGAGAGUGUCCAAAGUCUGACUCAGCUCCUGUAUAGUCUACAGGCGACUGUGAGCCUCCAGGACAGCAGCUGUGAGAUUCAGAAACUACUGCUUCAGGAGGGAGAACUGGCGCCACUGCGAGCUCUGCCCUCUCUCCAAAACACGGAACAGGAGAAACCAAAGACUUCUGAUAAGAAAAAAGAGGAUGUGGAAAAGAAAAAAGAAGCGGAUGAAGUUCAGAAACUGCAUUUGAAACUGAAACAAGAACAACAACGCUGGGACAAAGAGUGUUUGGCCAGAGAGAAACAGCAGAGUGACCAGGAGAAUGAGUUGAGGCAGCGAGAGCAACAGUGUCUCCUGGAGGCUGAACGACUGCGCUGCGAGCGAGAGGAGUUUGAGAUCCAGCUGCUUGAGUACCAGCAGAACAUGGACAGGCUGAAGGAGGGACAGAGGAGUGUGGAGAGAGAGAAGGAGAAGAUUGAAGCCCAACAGAGACUGCUUCAGAGCUGGAGACACAACCGCCAAAGCAGCCUCCCGAUCACAAUACCACCGCAGCACUACCAGGUGCCCAGCCAUAGUCACUCAAGUAGCCUGGAUGGUAAUUGCACUAUGUAUGAGAAUGAAACCAUUUUGCUCACCACUCUGCAGCAAAGUCACCUCUACCAGUCUGCCAACAACCAUCAACAAAGCCUGCUCUCCGCCCCAAAGAGGAUUCAGAAUGGCCCGCUGAACUCCUCAGGGUACAGCACCAACCUGGGCCUCAGCGCCAGCCUCUACAACAGCCUCAACACUUUACUGAGCCAGGCCCACAGCCGACAGAUGUCUGACCGCCCGCCGUACGCCAACUGUACCUACAACGCAACGCAGCCCAUCAAUGAGACCAUGCACUCCAUCAGCUCCAGAGUCCAAACACAGCCCCCCAAACACACAAACUUCAGCCCUUCACGUGGGAGACAAUCUUUGGAGUCAUGGGGUUCAGAAGUCACAUCAGACGGACUUUUUGAGGAAGACUACUCUUCCUCUCCCUCCCUCACGCCCCUCCUGCCCCCUCAGGCUUACCUCUCACUGGACGGAACAAAUGGGGAUGAGGGCGGCGAGGAGAACAUUGUGUAUCUCUAACAACAUUAGACUAUGUUUUCAACGAAAAGUGCAAUCUGCAAUCCUGGAAGAAGUGGACCUUUUAUCAGAAGGAGGCUUCUUUACGUUAGGUCCAGAAAAUGACACGCACAUUAUUUUAUACACCAACAAAAUGAGUAAAAGUACUAAGUGGUUCUUUUGAUUACUACAGUAUCUUAGGAACAUACUUUUUAUCGUACCUUCAGUUUCAGAUCCUUUCAUUGCCCAGAUGCUGUGCCAAACCUUUUUACAAGAAGCACUUAAAUUUAAAAGCCAUUGAAGUUGUACAGAUAAAAUACAAAUAUAUAUAUACUACUUAUUGUACAGUUUUUUAUGUGUAUAAUUGUAUGAAAGAGUCUAUGUUGAAAAUGUAUAUUCCACUUAUAACUUUGUGAAAUGCCAAAGCA